AUGACUUCCAACUUCUCCUCAACACCGGCAGAACUUACUCUCGUUUCACAGAUAUUCGCCCACGCCGACCCCCAGAAGCUCGGCGUCAUCACCGGUGAUGUUGCCGUGAGAGUGUUCGGCGGAGCAAAUCUCGCACCCACCACCCUCGGAGAAAUUUGGAAUAUCGCAGACGAGGAGAACAAAGGGUGGCUUUCAAAGAGAGGCGUAGCAAUUGCUGUGCGCCUCAUAGGAUGGGCACAGAAGGGGGAAAAGAUCACCCCUGCCUCUCUCCAUAAACGUGAGCUCUCAAAUCAGACACCAACCGCGUAUCAUAAUUUCGUGUCACUAGCCGGUCCUUUGGCCAAGAUCGAUGGCAUUAGCGUCUUAACUCAACAACAUACCGGAAUGUCAUUGCCCAAAUCCCCACCCCCAGGAUUUCCACCCUUCACACCUCAAGAUAAGGUCAAAUUCCAGAAUCUAUUUCUGAAAUCCGGGCCUACGAACGGAAUUCUUACUGGAGAGAAAGCUCGGGACAUUUUUGUCAAGUCAAAGCUCUCCAAUGAUAAACUUUUGCAGAUAUGGAAUUUGGCUGAUACGCAGGAUCGAGGCGCGCUUGAUUCCACGGAUUUCGCCGUCGGCAUGUAUUUCAUCCAAGGUUUGAUGUCGGGGAAGAUGUCUUUUAUCCCUUCGGCGCUUCCUCCUGGUCUUUACCAGCAAGCUGGGGGAGUUCCGCCCGUUAGCGCCGUCGUUACAGGCAACAGCGGAUCCUUUAGUCCUGUGGGCGCCUCCUUUUCACAAGACCGCAGCCGCAUUCAUCCCCAACAAACUGGACAAAGUCUACCACUUCAACCCGACAAUACUGGAUUGUCGGGACAGACAAGGUCGCCAGCUCUUCCUGCCCGUCCGAUAGCCGCACAGCCCUUUGGCAGCAGUCCUUUCGCACCCAUCAGCAAUGGGCAGGUGCUGCCGUGGGAUGUUUCCCACUCUGAGAAGACCUCUUCAGAUAAAUAUUUCGAUGGUUUGGACCCUCAAAAUCGAGGUUUUAUUGAAGGCGACGUCGCCGUUCCAUUCAUGUUGGAUUCUAAGCUGCCUGGAGAAGAUUUGGCACAAGUAUGGGACCUUGCUGACAUCAACAACGAUGGGCGUUUAACGCGCGACGGAUUUGCAGUGGCUAUGCAUCUCAUCCAGAAGAAGCUUGCUGGUGGUGAUAUUCCGGCAUCCCUUCCGCCAACUCUGAUACCUCCCUCCAUGCGCAGUACAGCCAAUGGUGCAUCUCCUUUCUCUCCCGCAUCUCCUCAAUUCCAACAAGAGGUAACUCAUGAUCUAUUUUCUUUCGAUGAUACACCUCCGGCGUCCGCAACUAUCCAUCCAAAGGCAGGGGCCGUUCAACCGCCGUCUGUACUUCGUUCAGUGCCUCGUGAUCCUUUUACGUCCUCAUCAUUUACGAAUUCUCCGCAUGGGGAUUUGCUUGGUGAUGAUGACGCCGCUAGUACAACGCCUCCAUUGCAUGAUCAAUCAGCGGAAAUUGGAAACGCGAAAAAUCAUCUUAAAUCCACAAACCAGUCACUGGAAGCUACAAGGAAUGAAAGUACAUCUAUCCAACAGACCCUUGCCACGCAAGCCUCGCAGCUUUCCGCAUUACAAACGCAACUGUCAUCUGCAAAGGCUGCUUACGAGACGGAGACUAAAUUAUUGGCUGCCUUCAAAGAACGCCACUCUGCUCAAAGUGCAGAAAUUCAGAAAGCCCGCGAAGACCUCAUCCGCGCAGAAAGUGACCUUAGUGCCAUUAGGGUCGAAAAGUCUGAAAUUGAAGGAUCUUUCUUGCGCGAUAAAGAAGACAUCAGGGAACUUCAUCGAAAAAUGAAUGAGGUCGGUCAACAAAUUGAUGCUCUAAAAACCGACGUCGAAAAGGCGAAGAAAGAUGCUAAGCAACAGAAGGGCUUAUUGGCGAUAGCGAAAAAACAGCUCAGUUUAAAGGAGGCAGAGAAGGCAAAGGCAGAGAAAGAGCAGGAAGGGGCUCUGGCCGACCUUACUGCUGUGACCAAGGAGAGAGAGGAAGCUGAAGCAGACCUUGCCAAAGAAGACACAGGGAUAGAGCCCAAAGCAGUGGAGCGCGCCACAGAUCCAGUGGCUUUUGCAGCCCUUCAACAGCCGCUACCUCUUACCCCCGAUCUCUCUGCUAUCGCUCUCAGCAAGAGUAACAACCCAUUCGAGCGUUUAGCAAAGUCAUCUGGGAAUUCCACGCCCCGCUCUCAGUCACCUUUCUUGCCCUUUCAAAGCCCAAACCUUUCUCUCUCGUCAGCACGAUCAGGAUCGAUACCUGGGGCUUUUGAACUAGAGGGCCAUGACGACGAUAUAUUUACUUCAAUUGAAACAGCAAACGGCGGCCCAGUUGAGCCAAAAGAAGAAGAACCUCAGCAACCACUCAAACCUGAGUCUGCAGCUGCUGAUUCAGUUUUGUCGCCAGCGACUGUCAAUGAAAGUGAAUUCUUUUCCACACCACCUACUAGCGCCACUCAGGUUGCUUCCCCAACCGUUGCCGCAGCCCACUUCCCCUCAUUGGAUGAUGCAGCUGUAGAUUUCCCACCAAUAGAUACCUUGCCUCCCGCUCAAAACUCUCAGCGUGACCUCGAAACGAACUUUGGUACCCAACUGAAAGAACUUGAUGUCGACGAAUCCGAUUCCGACUCUGAUGAAAUUCCUUUGGCUGAACUAGCACAAUCAAACAAGAAACCCUCCUCCAUCGUUCCAAAAGCUGUCGAAGAACUUCCAGUAACUGGCACACCACCAGUCUCUUUCGACGAUAUCUUCGUAUCAAAUGCGCCCAUCGCGGCAGAUAUUCCAUCCGCCGACAAAGUUCCAACUCUGACCGCCAAUGCCCCUAUAGCAUCAAGUCCUUUCGAAGCUAUAUCGUCCCCUCUGCAAGCCAGUGCUCCGACGGAACUUUCCACAACUUCUACUACAGCUGGUGUGAGUGCGUUUGAUGAAGCAAUGGGGAAGAUUCCUGCGACUACUUCUGCGGCUGCUCCCCAAUUUAGCUUUGAUACAGCCUUUGAUGACAAUUUCGACUUUGCCUCUGCCUCUACCGCUGAAGCGUCUGGUCCAUUCCCUCUGCCCUCCACAACAGACUUCAAAAUUACCAACGGCGAUACGCCUAAAUCACAGUUUGGCGACAUGUUCUCGACGAUUGGGAGCAAAAAAUCAAUUGAAAAUCAUUUUGCUCCCUCUCAAGGUGUUGGAGUUCCCAGCCGCGAGCCCGCUCAGCCUUUGGGAACCUCAUUUGACGAGACAUUUUCCACUUUCGAUUUAGGCCCAAAGACAUCGCUUGCAAUAGCUGAGGAGACCCCUUCAAAAUCUAUCGAGUCCACGGUCCCAGGCGCGCUCCCCGCAUCCCCUGUUUCGACGUCUCCAAAGGCCUCUAUCUCAUCACCUCAGAGCUUUGAUGUAAGGCCAGGCUCACCUCCGCCUGGCGAGAAAUCUCCCCCACAGCGCGCGGUUUCUCCCAAACCUAGGCCUUCCUCGUCGUCUUCCAAGGAAGUUCAUGAGAAGCAAAAAGAGCCACCAACCCGUCAUUCCAAAUUGAGUAUCCGUCUACCUUUUGGUAAGAGGAAGAAACAUCAAGAACAGUUGCCUCCUCCUCCUGCGCCGUCGAAUCUCACGCCUAUGCGAGAGGAGUCUUACCGCGCUAUCACCCCAGCUGUGGACGAUGACGUCGAGCCUGUGAAACAAUUGACUGCGAUGGGUUUCACUCGAAGUCAAGCUGUCGUCGCUUUGGAGAAAUAUGGCUAUGAUGUGCAAAAGGCACUCAACAGCCUCCUUGGGCAAUAA